CCCGAGCGGCGCCGAAGCGCAGAGGGGCGCGGACGUGGCGCCCGCGGGGCCCUAGGAGGCUCGCGCGGGGCCCCGGCGCUGAGCUCGCGCGGCCCGGAGCGCUGGUCCCGCCGAGUGAGCGGCGAUGAGCGCCGAGGGACCCUUCCCCCCGGCUGCCCCCCGCGGGCGCCCCGGCCGCCUGCUAGUGCCCGCGAGGACUAAAACCGGGACUGCCCUGUUGCACGACGAAGGGUCUGGACACGCCUAUGACAUCCGCCUGAAGCUAACGGAAGAGGUACUGACAAUUCAAAAACAAGAUGUCAUCUGUGUUAGUGGCAGCAAUCACAGUGCAAAUCACAGAACUGUUACGCUUCGCAGACAGCGCGUGGGCGGCUUGGGCCUGAGCGUCAAGGGAGGCGUGGAACACGGAGUCCCGGUCGUCGUAUCAAAGAUAUUCAAAGACCACGCAGCCCACCAGACAGGGAUGUUAUUCGUAGGGGACGCCCUCCUCCAGGUUAAUGGCAUUAAUGUAGAAAAUGCAACCCACGAAGAAGUGGUGCAUCUUUUGAGAAAUGCUGGCGAUGAAGUGACCGUCACUGUCGAGUAUCUCAGGGAAGCGCCAUCAUUUCUGAAGCUCCCAUUAGGGUCCCCAGGACCGUCCAGCGAGCCCGGCAGCGGGACCUCGUCACCCCUCUUUGACAGCGGUUUGCAUCUGAACGGAAACUCCAGCAACACGGCUCCGUCCUCGCCUUCUUCGCCCGUCGCUCAUGAACCAAAAUAUGAGAAGCGCUGGCUGGACGCCGUGUCACUCCCUCUGUCCAUGGCUCGGGUCUCACGGUGCAGAGCUGGAGCAGAAAAAGUAAGGUCCAGUGCAUUUGAGGUGCAGGCCCUGGAUGGGGCGAGCUCGGGAAUCCUUUGGUUUUACACCGCCCAGGAGAGCGCUGACUGGCUGAGGGCCGUGUCUGCCAACAUCAGCGACCUGACGCUGCAAAAUAUGAAAAUGGCAAAUAAAUGCUGUUCUCCUUGUGACCAGGUCGUCCACAUGGGGUGGGUCAGCGAGAGACUGGGAGGGGCCGGCUCCUCUCAAACCUUCAGAUCCAAGUUCCUGGCCCUGAAGGGCUCGUCCUUCUACAUCUUCACCUCUCCUCCGGUGAGCACAUUAGACUGGGUCCGAGCGGAAAAAACCUAUAACCUCUGUGAGGUACUAUUGAAAGUUCACAAGUUCUGGCUUCCGGAUGACUGCUGGGCCCAAGCCAGCCUCUGUCUGGGUCUCCAGGACCCCAACCGCGGGGACCACAGGCCCUUCUGCUUCAGCGUCCUCGUCGGCCACGGCAGGAGCCACGUGUUCAGCGUGGAGCUGGGGAGCGAGCUGGCUGUGUGGGAGCUGUCCUUCCAGAGGGCCACCUUCCUGGACGUGCAGAGGACGGGGUCCAAAACGUACAUGUGCAGUUGGCAAGGAGACACUCUGUGCUUCACAGUGGAUUUCGCUCUGGGAUUCACCUGCUUUGACAGCAAAACAAAGGAAGAUGGUUACCAUGUUUCCCCAGUAGGGGUCCACAGACUGUUUAUAAUGACGAGAGGUCUGCUUGCAUAAAACUGGAGUUGAGAAGGCUCUCCUGUCUGCCGUCCGACAUCCAGGUCACAGAGGGGACCAAGGCUCCCGACCCCGUGCGGGCAUCCUCCCACGUGCCUGGUCCACCCACGGUUCCCACCAGCUCGGGCUCCAUGACUCGCCGUUCAUGCUGUUUGGCCUUUAGCCAGACAUGCACGACCUCCUUCCACGUGUCCUCGGAGACAGGGAAGUGACAGGGCACCUCCCCCAGAGAAGGGAGAAGCCCUGAACACAGCUGUUAACCAGCAACCCUGAUUUAUAACGUCUGUUUCUUGCUUUGUGGUUCAAGGAAUCCUGUGUGUCAGGACAUGUAAACCGAGGCUUUCCAGAGUUCGCCUUCAGAGUGCGUUUCUGAAGCCGGUGCCCAUUCGCUGGCUGCUCCGGGCUCCGUGCGGGCCGGCAGCCAGGGCCUCGCCUGCUCAGACCAGGAGCAAAGCCGCCACUCCUUGUCAGCUUUUCCGUGGGCACGUUGUUCCCGGCCGGCAGCUCUGGUUCUUUGGUCACGGUUUGCAUAACACCCGGCACCCAGCGAGCCGGCCGGGGUCACCGUGUCUCCCGCGGGGUCCCCGCUGUGCGGUCUCACUCUGUCGGCGCCAGGCCAGGCCGGGGAGGGGGUGUGAGUGAUUGUGAGAGGUCGGAAGCGAGCACCUGGCACUCUCCCUUCAGGGGACCCCGAGGCCCAGAACGCUGAUGUCCCCAAGGCGCCAGCAGAAGACCCCGCCGGCACGGCGCCGAGGACGGGAAGCCGCUUCCCUAAAGGCGCACGUCCCGCAGGCCUGCAGCCGGGUUAGGUCUGCACGGGUCGCUGUGGCUCCUCUGAAGCCGCUGGGGGUUCUGGGAAGCCCCCGGGUGGCCCGUGACGCCCGCUCCCUCUCUCCUACCUGCCCACUGAGCUUCCCUGCCUCCCUGGCUGCCCCGGGUCUUUCUCCCUGUAGGGCCUCGCCCUCUGCGUGUCCCGCUGUUUCCCGGCAGCGGGCAGGCAGGUCCAGGCCCGGGGCCCUUGGGAGACUCUUCCCAGCCCUGAAUCCCGCGCGUUUCCCCACUUCGCCCUCACGCGCAUCGAAUAAGACUUGAAGCAGGUACGCUGUGUUUCUUACCGCUGUGCCCAGCCGGGCCGUCGUGUUAAAUGUCCUGGUAACCGGACCGCGUCACUCAGCUGAGCUCUCCUAGUUGAAAUAGGUUAUCGGUGGCCCUGACCGCCUCGCUCUGCUCAACCCGCCGCUGCCCCGCGGCGCCCCUGCUGGAGACGGAGCGGCCUCUCCAGCCGCUGGGCUUGCGGGAGGCGUGGGCAGCUGCGGCUGUUCCGGCGGGCACGUCGGGGCUGAGCCACGCCUGGCGCUCGCGGCCGCAGGUUUCAGGCACCGCAGGCUCUGCGUUCCUGACGCCCUCGGCGGAGCCCUCACCCACUCACGUCCGGUCCACUCUCGUUCAGUCACGUUUUUAUAAAGGUCCGAUUAAGGCUUCUUUUUGCUCGUCUGACCCUCUGGUUCAGACGCCAGAACCCUCUCCUGACCUGUUUCCCUUUGAAGGUGAACUCUUGACUCCACAUUCUUCUUGUGAUUUCUUCUUUAUUUCAAGAAGUUCUGGCCUAAUACUUACACGUUUAUUUACACAAUAA